GGUCAAACCACAUCAGACCUCAGGUGAGAGCUGCCGAAAAAUCCACCUCGAAGACGUUUGAGCAGAGAUGGCAUCGGCGCCCCCUCUUUUGUCGGAGGAGCAGCUGAUGUGCCCCAUCUGUCUGGGGGUGUUCGUGCGGCCGGUGUCCACUCCCUGUGGACAUAACUUCUGCAUGACGUGUCUGUCGUCGUACUGGGACCAGAGCCCGGUGACUGUGUGCCCGGUGUGUAAGGAGAGCUACAGCCAGCGCCCACAACUCAGAGUCAACACCUUCAUCUCAGGACUGUCCCAGAGCUUCAUGAACAAGCCCCUCACUGCGGAAGAGACAAAGUCCAGGGGGCUCAGAGCAGAAGUGGGAGGAACUGACGCCAAAAUCUCCUCCAUGAUCCAGGAGAGGGUCCAGAAAGUCCAGUCGAUCAGGCAAGCUCUAGCCCAACGACAAACCCAAACCGGGUAUUUGACCAAAACCAUCCAAGAUUUAACUCCGCUGGUGAAAAAGAUGGAGGAGAAGCAACAGCAGAUGGACUUUGAGGUGGCGGUAGUAGUUGGAGAAAUUGAGAAAGAGAUUAAAGAUCUUACGGAAACUCAAAUGAAACUACGGGAUGUGAAUUUGAACGAAGAUGCGCAGUUUUUGCAAAGGUACACGCACAAUUUCGCUCAAAAACCACCAGAAGUCAACUUGUAUUCUGAGAUAGAGAUGCAGCAGCUAAGAACAGCUCUAGGCACUACUCUGUCCAAGCUGCAAGUUUAUCUAGACAACAUGGGAGGAGGGUUUAUGUCCGAUAUCUCUGCUUUAAAAUACGCCCAGCAGUUCGCGAUGGAUGUAACGCUAGAUCCGAAAACCGCUCACCACCGCCUCAUCCUCUCUCGAGAUUUGAAACAAGUGAAAUUCAACCCUGACGCAAACGCUAAACCAAGCCCAGUGAGCAAUCCGGCGAAGUUUACAAAACAUUUAGCCGUGUUGGGAGGGCGUGGAAUCCAGUCUGGCAAGUUUUAUUUCGAAGUUCUGGUUGGUACAAAAACAGAGUGGAUCGUAGGCGUGGCGUUGGCGUCAUUGGAACGAAAAGGAAAGAUCCCGCACGCUCCAGGCUGCGGAGUUUACGCCGUGUGUUUUCGAAUGAGCUACUUCGAGACGUUUUCCCAACCCAAUGUUCCAAUUCACCAAGGUAAAAUAGAGAAAGUUGGGGUUUUCGUGGACUAUGACGGGAGGGAAGUUUCGUUUUAUGACGUAAACGGGGCCAAAUUGAUCUACACGUUUGAAGAUUGUGCGUUUUCUGCAAAGGUACAUCCCUAUUUUAAUCCCUGUAACAAUGAAUUUGGAAAUAACCUCGGGCCAUUGGUGAUCGUUCCUGUCAAUCUGUGAAAAAAAAAUAUAUAUAUGAUGUAUUAAGAAAAUGUUUGUAUGUUUUUAUUUGUGUAAUAUACAUUCAUAUUUUGUAAUUUGUCCAUUGUGUAACGAAUAAAGGUUCACUUAUCUUCCCAUGAGCUAAAACAAUAAAG